AUGGCCCAGGCAGCAGCCAAGCCACGGAGUCCAGACUCACCUGAGCAGGUUCCCGAUAACCCAAGCGGCAUCGAGGACGCCGUGCACAGCCCAGGGAGCCCGGUAGCCGAGCCAAGGAGGAGGGCACAGGGGACACAGCCCUCCCUGGGACACGUGGAUCCUGCUGAGGCAUCUUUUGGGACUCUCUGCACCCUCAGGAGGCUGUUCCUGCUGCUUGGGGUCGCAGGGCUGCUGGCGGGGACGGCGGCUGGGACGUGGCUGCUGGUGAAACACCUUCAGGAGGCUCACCCAGAGCAGGGGUCCCCCCCUCUGCAGGAGCUGGAUGCGAUCCCAGCGUGUGGUGACGGGGAAGAGGAAGAGCCCGUGGUCCGGGGGUCUCCCAGUACAGAACACUGCCAAGGGGGCUCGCAGGUUGUCUUUAAUGGAAUGGCUUUAGUGUCUUUCAGAAUAAACACGGCGAACUCCCUGCUGGAAGCUCAGCUGGAAGGACAUCCUGGCUGGCUCCUGGUGUGCCACGAGGGCUGGAAUGGCUCCCUGGGCACCCUGCUCUGCCAGCAGCUCGGGUACCUCAGAAUGACCCAUCAGAAAGGAGUGAACCUGACGGAUGUCAGGGUGAACGAGGAGCAGCAGUUCCUUCAGGUCAGACCCCACCAGGAAGAGAGCCUGGAAGACUUGUGGCAGGUCAGGAGCAGCUGUGGAUCGGGGCGAGUCGUGGCUCUCAAGUGCUCAGAGUGUGGGCUGCCCCCCGGGGCCGUGCGGGUGGUCGGGGGGGCAGAUGUGCCCCCUGGGCGCUGGCCCUGGCAGGUCAGUGUGUGCCAGGGCUCCCAGCACCGCUGUGGGGGCUCGGUGCUGGCACGGGAGUGGAUCAUCACGGCGGCUCACUGCGUGCACAGGUACCCCCAGGCCCCUCCUGCUCACCCUGCUGUGCCCCCAGUGCCCACUGCCCUCGGGUCAGGGCACACUGUGUUCUGUGUUCUGCUCAGCUCCAGGAGGCUCCAGGGCUCUGCCUGGCGGGUGUUUGCAGGGAUUGUCACCCACGGCUCCCUCAGGCAGGAGGCCGGGGUGCCAGUCCAGGAGGUCGUUCCCCACCCGCUCUACAACCACAACAGCCUCGACUACGACAUCGCCCUCAUGAAGCUACGAGUGCCCCUGAAUUUCUCGGCUGCCAUCCGAGCCGUGUGCCUGCCGCCCUCCCACCAGGACCUGCUCCAGGGCACACAGUGCUGGGUCUCUGGCUGGGGCUACACCACCCCUGACCAAGCACAGGUGGCCGGGACGCUGAAGGAGGCCCUGGUGCCCCUGAUCGGGACCCGGAGGUGCAACAGCUCGUGCAUGUACCCGGGGGAGCUCACUGCCAGGAUGUUGUGUGCUGGGUACCCCCGCGGGCAGGUGGACGCGUGCCAGGGGGACAGUGGGGGCCCCCUCGUGUGCUGGGAUGGAUCCACGUGGCGCCUGGUGGGGAUCGUGAGCUGGGGCCAGGGCUGUGCUGAGCCCAACCACCCCGGGGUCUACACCAACGUGGCCCAGCUCCUGCCCUGGAUUCACCAGGUCACUCAGAUCUACUAG